CGUGCUGGGGCCAUUUAGUAUUGUGUCCGAAUGUCUCCCCGUCUUCUUGUUUUUAAGGGAAAUGCGCACGUUGCGUUUUAAACUAAAAGAUUGCACACACGCUGCACACACGGCGGUAAACAUGAAAGGUGCCUUUUGGACUCUCCUUGCCUUUGCGUUCGUGGCUUUGGGGGCUGCGGGUCUCAUCCCAGAACCAGAAGUGGAGAUCGAAGUGCUCCAGAAACCCUUCAUUUGCAAGAGGAAGACGAAGCCGGGAGACAUGAUGUUGGUGCACUACGAAGGCUAUUUGGGGAAUGAUGGCUCGCUCUUUCAUUCUACCUACAAGCAUAACAAUGCCCAGCCGACAUGGUUUACUCUCGGUAUAAGGGAAGUUAUCAUAGGCUGGGAUAAAGGUUUGAAACAGAUGUGCGUAGGAGAGAGGCGUAAGCUAACCAUUCCUCCAUCCCUGGCUUAUGGAAAAGAAGGAAAAGGAAAAAUUCCACCUGAGAGCACUUUGAUCUUCAACAUCGAACUUCUCGAAAUCAGGAAUGGACCGCGGUCUCACGAGUCCUUUCAACAAAUGGAUAUUAAUGAUGAUUGGAAGCUUUCCAGAGAAGAGGUAAAAGAAUACUUGAAGAAAGAAUUUGAAAGGCAUGGUGCUCCCGUCAAUGACAGCCACCAUGAUUCUUUAGUUGAAAACAUAUUUGAGAAGGAAGAUGAAGACAGCGAUGGAUUUAUAUCUGCAAGGGAGUUUGUCUAUACACAUGAUGAGCUAUAAAAACGUUUUGAAGCAAUUCCCAACGAGAAAGUAAUGACUGGCAAACUGACGCUUCAAAAUUUAUAUAUAUAUUCUAUUUG